AACCAACCGGGUAAAGACGUCAUCAGUGUGGGACAGAAACGGGUGAAAGGUGUCCUGGUUGCGGUUGUAUACAUGGGCAGAGUUUAAUCGAGGUCUGCACCACAAGAAAGAUGAGUGUAAAUAGAUUUGUCGUCCUCUCUAAAUCGGUUAGAAUCGCCAAACAGUUACUAUCCGGUAACGUGGGGCAUGCUGGGAAAGAAGUGCUUCAUGCUCAGCAGCGGAGGUCCUUUCGAACCCAGUCCAGAAACCUCGCCUAUGCCAAGGAUCUGUUUCUGGGUCAGGUGAACAAGGUGAGGAAAAUAUCCGGCUAUGACUUCGUCCUCUGUAGUUCGAGUGUUUUACUUUAAGUGUGGAGCUUUGGGAGUAUUUUCGUCUGCCGUCUCAUUUUAACCUGGAGUGACCGACCGUCGUCCCCGACCUGACCCUUCACUGGUCUCUCUUAUCUGUCAUCAAACAAAGCCGGAGUCUCGAGCUUGACCCGGACACUUGGUGUAAACGGGCAGAAUUACUGAUAUGGCCGAAACCAGACCCUGACCCAAGACCUGACAGUGAACAGAGCUUCAGACACAUGGACCCUGUGACAUAUGGCGGCGGGUUCCUCAUACAGGAGCUUUAAGGCUGAUAACAAAGACUAUUAUUAGGAUGGUUCCUCAUUUCAUACACUCCUUUUAAGUAGUGGUCUUUAAAGUAUCGGGUCUAUAAUUAUUAAUACAUAUUCUGUUCAGAAAGCCCAGAUUUGUUCUGUGUCCAGCACGAACUAUUGGAAUAUAACCUGCUCCGUUUAUAGGGGAGAGUGGGGUAGGUUGAGCCAAGGGGUAAGUUGAGCCACCCCCUGUUGCUUGGAAAUGGUAAAAGAAAUUGAUCAUGUAUUAUUUAGGAUAUUUAGGAGAUCAUUUAGGCAUCAAUUCAUGGAGUUUGUGAAGGUGAGAAGUACAUGGAUGAAGGGGUUAGACAUUUAUUUAAAAAAAAAAAAAAAGAAAACAUUUUUCACUCUUGAAAGUGGAUUUAGUCUGGCACAAGUUUUAUUAGAAUUAUGUUCAGACCAAAAAAGAUCAUUUUAAUUUUGUUUUAUGCAUCAAUUGUGGUAUCUAUGAGCUACAACAUAAGGUCAAAAACUUAGCAUAAAAGUCCACCAUUUUAGUUGAGAGGACUAAUAAAGUCAUCAUAGUAGUUCUGGGGUAAGUUGAGCCAGUGGCUGAACUGAGAAAGUAAAGGAGUCUGAUGAGAGGAUCAGAGUUCAGUUCAGAUUGUUGAAAUGUGUUACUUUCCUAUUUACCACAGUCCUCGAAGCUAUUAUACACGGGGUAAGUUGACCAUAGGGGCGACCACUUUUUCUGGCAUGCUAUAUUGUCAAGACUGUUAUGUUUACAUUCGUUUUAUUGGUUUGCAGGGAUGCACAACAUCUUGAAAUAUAUGCAGAUAAACUAGUUAGAGACAAAACUGUGAUUGCCUUUAUGUAGUGAUCAGAAAUAUGAAAAAUUGCUCAUCUUACCCCACUCUCCCCUACUCCCAUACUCUCUUCUGUUGUAAUACAAUCUGCUUUAUUUCAUAGUAUCCCAUGUAUUUGAGUUGUCUUCUACCAGAGACGUUUUUUGUUUAUGGUUUCACACUCUUGUCUUCUUUUAUACCAAUCUGUGGCAGCAAAUAUAAAUGAUUUGUCCAGAAAGCCCUGUUCAUCAACUGAAAUUGUGUGUUUUGAUAUUCUCUACCUAAAGCUGUACUAUCUUCAGUUUUAUAUUAAAAAGAAAGAGUUCUUUUGAAUUUUACUAAAUAAGUUGAUCCUUUAUUAUAGUAGAUAUGUUUGUUAAGUUGCCACUUGAUACUGAAGUGGACUCAUAUUUUGACUGAAGGCUUGUGUUUGAAGUAAAAUUCCUUAAGUUGCUCUUAGGUGUGAUAUCCAUUUAAAGCCUUUUUCAAAAUUCAACAGAAAGCUGGAGCACAUCCAAGAUUUAAAACAAAAUCUAAUCAACAGUUAACUUGAAAAACACAAUUCCAGGUCUUUUACUCUGUAUACUCUUUUUUCAGCUUUGUUACCCAUUACCUAUUUUAUAUCUUUUAAUUUAACAGUCACUUGCUUUCACUGGUUACAAAACUUCUCUCUUGGCAGGUCUCAUCAGCUGUUGCUUAUUAGUCUUCAGGCUGAAUGUAGUAGUAGAGAGACUGAAUGAGCAUGUGGGUGUAAUAUAUGAGAUUAGAUACAGUUGAGCACUUUCAGAUUUCAUCUUUUAACACCUGGUGAUUUAUUUUUUUAUUAAAAAGUAUGUUUCUCUUCUAGGCGGAGGUUUUCCCUUAUCCAGAAAUUGGAAAUGAAGAAGUGGAUGAGAUCAACCAGCUCGUUGCACCAGUGGAAAGGUUCUUCACUGAGGAAGGUAGGAGAGCAAAUAAAAAUGAAGAAGAAAAAAAAAAAAAAAAACAUUUGCAACUUGGAAAUGAUCACACAGUUCAGGAUUGACAAUCUCUGUGUGUUGUCUGAUAAAUUAUUAGAUGAAUCGAGAUGAAUAACUCUUCACUUUGGUUGUGGCUUCAGUUGACUCGGCAAAGAUUGAUCAGGAAGCCAGGAUCCCCCCGGAGACUCUGGAUGGGUUGAAGGAGCUGGGGCUGUUUGGAAUCAUGGUUCCUGAAGAGUAUGGUAAGAGGAUUGUGACCUGGAGCUAUUUGUCCGUCCAGACUUGAGUAAUUGAAAGGUGAAUGGAGAUUUACAUAUUAUGUAAAGAGGCUACACUAUACAAACAAGUCAGUGAGUAGAGAUCAGUUUAAAGUGGAAAUCUGCAUACAGCAACUGCCACAUGUAACUGUUAUGUAGCUCACUGAUGUAACUGACAGAGCUGACAUAACCUUGCCAAUUUUUGACCUACACCUAGAUUCAAGAUUAAAUAAGGUAAAGGCUCGUCUUUCCUAACAGCCUUCCUUUAGAUACUGAGCUUUAUUAUUCUGUGUUAUGUUCUGAUGAUGAACUAACUUCUAUCUGUUUGGUAUUUGUGACCUAACAUGCAGUGUCCUUAAAAUCAUGCACACUUUUUUUUCAGCAGAUUUAGAGAUUCCUUCUUCUACAUUUGGUAGGGGUCAAUAGAGUUGUGUCUCUCUAUUUAUAGUGUUAAUAAGGCUGGGCAAAGUGUCCCUGGCUCCAAACAGAGGUGGUGUGGAUCUUGUGAUCUAAAUGCCCACGUGAGGAGUUUUUUUGUUUGUGUGCCCCUGUUUUUUUUUUUUUUUUUUAAAGAAACAGAUUAAAUGAACAAAAAUAUCUCUUUAUGAGCCACAAAAAGCAAACAUCAUCAUCAAGGAUGGGACAAACAAUCUAGUGGGUUUCAGACAAGGCAAAAUACAUUUCUCUCCUUAUAAAAAACAUGUUGUUUUUUUUGUUUUUUUUUUUGACAGGAAAAAGUACCAGCUCAUUUUACGGAAGAGGAUUAGGGCCACUAAAAAAGAAAAAAAGUUUCAUAUAAUUUUUAAAAAAAUUAUUAUUCUUAGAAAAAAGUCAGAAUUCUGAGUUUAAAGUCGGGAUUCUGACUAUUGUCUAUGAAUAAUAAUUUUGGAAAAAUAUAUUGGACUUAGUUGCAGUAUUUUUAUAUUAAACAAAUGGAUAACAGUAAUUCCAAGUCUGUUUUGGUGUUUUGAAAAAUCAUACCAGGAAUCUCCACCUAAAUUCCCGCCAUGUGUAUGAAUUUGUGCACUUCCAUUGGAAAUUACAUAUUUCGAGCCAAUCCACACUUGUAAUUGAGAAAUUACCUUCCUCCUCCCAUCUCUCUUUAAUGUAUUCAGUGGAGUGUUUUUAUUAUUUUUUAUCUAAGGCCUUUAUACAGUCUGUAGAGAACACCUUUACUUGAGUCUUUUUUAAUAGCACCAAUAAAUGUCUUAAAUAUGGGGUCAUUUAAGUCCUUUAAUUUUUAAUAUUAUGUUCAAAAUGGUUACGCAUUUGAAGAUACCUAUAAAACUUAGACUUUUCAAGGCAGUAUUCUGUCCUGUGUAUGGGUAAAUCAGUAAAUCGUAUAAAUGAACACAUUUAGUGAAGCCCAAACUUUGCACGAUUACUACGUGCACAAACUCUCAGUUCAGAACUCAUCAAAAAGCUGUUGUUAAAUAAUAGUAUUCAGUCAUUAUCCUGGAGUGUUUGCCUCCAAGCCUAACUUUUACACCUCAUCCCAACACUCAGCAUUGAGUUCACUGAGGAACUUCUCUACCUGGAGCAAUGUGUUAUAUGACCGUGGUGACUAGAGACCUCACUUUGUUGACUCAUCUACUAAGAUGUGUUGUUGUACAACAUGAGCAGCCACAUAUAACCAUACAGGUUCCCUGUCUGUUAUAUAGUUUAAACAAGAUCCUUAAAUUUGAGAUGACUCAUUUCCCGUGCAUUCAUGUAGGCUAGAAAUACAGAAUUACUUUGAUCGACUCAAGUUUAGAGCAGUUUCUUCUGCUUUACUUCACAGGUGGUCUGGGACUGUCCAACACCAUGUAUGCACGGCUGGCAGAGAUCAUCUCAUUAGAUGGCUCCAUUGCUGUAACACUCGCUGCACAUCAAGCCAUUGGCCUGAAGGUAAAAACAAAAUGUCUCAGACAUGAAGCUCUUUGUUCUGGACUCAUUAUCUGCAUGUGUUUUAUGUGGACAGACUGUAGUCCAAGUGUUGCUCUGAGAGAACUUCACAGGCAAAACAAAUCUGGUUUUGUGAGGGUAUCCCUGUGCGUAGUUUGCUGACAGAUGUUUGGUGUUUCAGGGGAUUCUGAUAGCAGGAAAUGAGGCCCAGAAGCAGAAGUAUCUGCCCAGACUGGCCUCAGGAGAACACAUCGCAGCUUUCUGCCUCACAGAGCCUGGAAGGUAAAGUCACUGACCCAUUGUUCACAUCUCCAUCAGCGUGUCCCUGCUUUGUAAAUCACAUGUCCAGUCUUCUCCCCUGAGAAAAAAGCCAAACCCUGACCAGAGAAACAAGAAGGAGGCCCCUAGAUUUGCAGUCGCUCAGCAGGACACUGUUAGCUGCUAUAUGGCUCACUGUGAACCACUUCUGAGCCUUAAAAGCAACCAGUAAAGUCUAAAAUCAAGACUUAAACUUCAAGUACUAACCCUCACAAAGGAAAUCACAGUCCCAUGAAGCUGGUGUAUCAACCCAGAGACUGCAAGUGUGUGCACAUGAACGGGGUGAAGUUAGCAUUAUGUUACUUUUACGUCCCAGUCUAGAGGACACCUGGACUUAACACAAUGGGCUUUAUUUUCGCUCCUCGCCGGCGACGUGGCGUAGGCGUAAGUCAGGUCCGCCGCGCCGACAAGGCGUGCCCAAGCACAUUUUGGCAUUUUGGUGAGCGUCGCAGCCCGGCGUAAGUAUCCCCCCUCCCUAACCCAGCUCCUCCCGUGUGCAGUUCAGACCCCCCAUGUGAGAGGUCUGAAUUUACAACCUGAAUGGCUAAAAAUGACUAAUAAUGAAAUGUGUCUGUACUAACACUCGAUCCCUUCUUCUUAGUGGGAGUGACGCGGCCUCAAUCCAGACUCGUGCAACCCUCUCAGAAGACGGGACACAUUACCUGCUCAAUGGAUCCAAGGUGAGAAGAGUUCAAAUGUGCAAUGACUUAAACAUCACUCAUUGUUGUUGUUGUUGUUCUUCUUCACCUCUGGAGAUCCAUAAUCUUUGUGUUUUUCCUCAUUAGUUUUGGAUUUCUAAUGGAAACAUCGCAGACGUAAUGACAGUGUUUGCCAGGACACAGGUGGAUGUAGACGGUCAGAAGAAGGACAAGAUUACAGCAUUUAUUGUGGAGAGAGCUUUUGGGGGCAUCACUCACGGCAAGCUGGAGGACAAACUGGGCAUCAGAGGAUCCAACAGUAAGACUUGUCAAAAGGACACACUUUCAGGGGGUGUUUUUCUAAUAUAGUAAGCCUUCUAUGUGGUCAGUAUUUUCACUUUUUUUUUCACUCUUUCAGCUUGUGAAGUGAACUUUGACAAUGUCCCAGUGCCAGUGGAGAAUGUAAUCGGAGAAGUAGGAGGUGGAUUCAAGGUGAGUGUCACUCUGCUCAUCAUCAUCUGUAAGGUUCGAUUGGUCUGUUAACCAACCAAAGUGUUCCUUUGUUUUGGACAGGUUGCCAUGAACAUCUUGAAUUCUGGGAGGUUCAGUAUGGGGAGCUCCUCGGCUGGAAUGAUUAAGAAGCUGAUAGGUAAAAACCCUGAACAGCUGUUGAAAUUUGAUCUGUUGAACUUUUUUUUCUGUGCUCAGUUUGACAUAACUCUUCACUGUGUGCGGCUUUUAUAGAAAUGACCUCUGAGUAUGCAAUGACCAGAAAGCAGUUUAACAAAAGCCUUGGUGAAUUUGGUAUGAUUCAGGUACAGCUACCCCUCCUUUAUGUGGUUCUUUAAAUGAAACACUCCUCAGUGAAGUCAGAGGGAAUCAAGGUAUGUAUUUGCUCUGUACCUGCAGGAGAAGUUUGCACUGAUGGCUCUGAAUGCCUUUGUGAUGGAGAGCAUGGCCUACCUGACAGCAGGGAUGAUGGACAGACCGGGCCUUCCAGACUGUUCUCUAGAGGCGGCAAUGGUUAAGGUUUGUUCACUUUGUCAUUUUAAGGGAUAUUCUAGCAUAAAUUUAAGUCGUGGUCAAACACGCCAUAACACCAAGUGAGACACCCUCUCGAGAGACUAAUGUUGCAGACUGCUUGCUUCUCUAGUUAUACCAACUUUAGUAACAACCGCAUGAUAGGAAUAUACAGCUGUGUACAUCUCCACACACAAACCUCAACCAAAAAGCCACGCUAUAGCCACAAAUAAUGCCCAGAACAGCACCUAACUUCAUCAACAGUACAUAUAGGGUCCCAGCCAUAGUACUAGCCAUCAAACAUCUUUUUAGCUUUGCCUGGUUUCUUUAGCAAUGAGACCAAACACAACUCACCCACUCUCCCUCAGCAGCCGCCUGUUUGUGGGGAAGCCCUGACGAGUCGAUCACCAAGUGCAGCUGAAAACUUUGAGUAUUACUUCAUGAAAUUGCAAUUAGACCGAGGCACUAAGGGGGAAGAACUACUGUGUCAGCAGUGCACAAACAAGUUACAUAAGAACUCUGAUUGCAUUUCCAUGAAGUAAUAAUCAUAAAUGUUCUUCCCUGAGCUGCGAAACUCCGCUGCACUCGGUGAUCGACUCUUCAGGGCUCAUCCACAAAUAAGCUGCCACUGGAAGAGAGUGGGUGAGUUGUGUUUGGUCUAAAUUUGCUAAAAACAAACAGGCAAAGCUAAAAAGAUGUACGAUGGCUGGGACCCUAUAUGUACUGUUGAUGAAGUUAGGUUCUGUUCUGAGCAUUAUUUGUGGCUAUAGAGUGACUUUUUGGUUGAGGUUUGCAUGUUGAGACAGAGACUGCUGUGUAUUGCUAACUCAGUGUUACAGUGUGUUUGACCACGACUUAAAUUUAUGCCAGAAUAUCCCUUUAACAUUGAAAGUAUGACUGAAGAUUAAAAAAGUCCUCUAACUAAUUUUUUCAUCUUGUGUUCAGAUAUUCAGCUCAGAGGGAGGCUGGAUUUGUGUCAGUGAGGCUCUUCAGAUUCUCGGAGGUCUGGGUUAUACCAAAAACUAUCCCUACGAGCGCUACGUCAGAGACUGUCGCAUCCUGCCCAUCUUUGAGGUACACAAAAAGUCAGCCAUUGCAGUGAUAUACACUCACUGGCCACUUAAUUAGGUACACCUGUUCCAUUGCUUGUUAAUACAAAAAGGUGAUCAAGCAAUCACAUGGCAGCAACUCAAUGUGUUCAGGUAUGUAGACUUGGUCAAGAGGACUUACUGAAGUCCAAACUGAGCAGUCAGUGCCAGACGAGCUGGUGUGAACCUUGAAGCAGACGGACAACAGCAGCUGAAGACCACACUGGGGGACACUCCUUUCAGCUAAGACCAGGAAACUGAGGCUACAGUUCACACAGGCUCACCAAAACUGGACUAUAGGGUAACGGAGAAACCUGAUCUGAUGAGUCUGGAUUUCAGCUGACACAUUCAGAUGGUGGAUCAGAAUUUAGCCUAAACAACAUGACAGCAUGGAUCCAUCCUGCCUUGUUUUAGCGAUUCAGGCUGCUGAUGGUCUAAUGGUGUGGGGGAUAUUACCUUGGCCCACUUUGAGCUCCUUAGUACCAACUGAGCAUCGUUUAAGCCCCACAGCCUCCCUGGGUCUUGUUGCUGACCAUGUCCAUCCCUUUAGGACCACAGUGUACCUAUCUUCUGAUGGAUACUUCCAGCAGGAUGAUGCUCCAUGUCAAAAAGCUCAGAUCAUCUCAAACUGGUUUCUUGAACAUGACAAUGAGUUCUCUGUACUCCAGUAGCCUCCAUAGUCCUAGAUCUCAGUCCAGUAGAGCCCCUUUGGGAUGUGGAGGUGCAGGAUAUCCACAUCAUGGAUGUGCAGCUAACAAGUCUGUAGCACCUGUGUGAGAACCGUCAUAGACACCUGUGUGAUGCCCUCAUGUUAAUAUGGACAAAAAUCUCUGAGGAAGGUUUUAACACCUCUUUGAAAGUCUGCCAUGAAGAAUAAAGGCAGUUGUGGGGACAGAGGGGGGCCCAACCUGGUACUAAUAGGGUGUACCUAAUAAAGUGGCUGGUAAGUGUAGUUCUGCCGGUGGUUUCUGUAGCACUUGCAUUCUGUAAAAAUUCCUCCAGGGGGCACACUUCACUUGGAGGUAACAGAUUCUUCAUGGUUGGCGCUUUUCAAUGUGGAUGCUGAUCAUUUAACUUUGUUUGUUAAAUUGAUUCAGCAGACCUGCAGCUCACUAACACAAAAACAUGUUUAUUCCUGUAUGUACCAUUAGAUAAAUAUCAGUGUCAAAUCACAGUAGAUUAUUCAUUCAUUAACAUUCACUUAUAUUAUGGUCAAACACACCAUAACACCAAGUUAGACACCCCCUGAUAACAAUACACAGCGGCACACGUGGAGACGUAGACCGCUGUGUACUGCUAUCGUGUAGUCGUCUCUGAAGUUGGUAUAACUAGAGAAGCAAGCAGUCGGCAACACUCAUCUUUCGAGGGGGUGUCUAACUUGGUGUUAUGGUGUGUUUGACCAUAACUUAAAUUUAUGCCGGAAUAUCCCUUUAACCCCAACUGUCAUGAAAUGGAAAUUUUACAACCAUUACAGAGAUGACUAGAAAAGCACUCAGAGAGCGCAGACCUCCGCCAAGCAGCUCAUGUCCCCCCUUAAACAAGAAAUACCCUGACCGGGAUUCAAACCCAAGACCAUCUGGUUUUGAAGCGAUAGUGCUAACUACUACACCACUGUACCACCUAUCUACACCACUGUGCCGCCCAUUGGUUAUCUUUCAGCAUUGAAAAUUCCUACGACACCCUUAUUUUUGUGUGUUCUGGAUCACAGUAUCCAGAAUUUUGUCCGUGUCACCACCAGAAUUUAAUGGGAUCCCCCUGGGACUGAGUCGCAUCCCUGGUGAAAAUUUCAGGUCAAUCCGUCUGUUACUUUCUCAGUAAACCAAUGCUACUGAAAACAUAACCUCCUUGGCGGAGGUAAAAAUGUAGCAUACUGUUCUGUCCUCUACGGACUGAAUCCAACGUCCAACAAUAUGUGUGAGAAAUGCCAAUUUACAUCUUUUGUUUUUUUUUUUAGGGGACCAAUGAAAUCCUGAGGAUGUAUGUUGCUCUAACUGGGAUGCAGUAUGCUGGCAACGUGAUGACAGGGAAAAUAAAGUAAGAAAAUGACGGGGUGUUCAUUUAAAUGUAUUGAUUUUUGUGAGUGUUAUUUUCAGGCUAUAACAGACUUUUGCACAUUAUAAUGCCUUAUGAUAAAUAUUGAUAAUUGCAACUUACAUUUUGUGUUUUAUUAUGUAUCAGACGCUUUUGUCCAAAGUGACGUGUAUUUGAGAGGAAAUACAACACAAACAGAGAUCUAGACAAAUGAAAAACAUGAGUAAGUGCCGCAAACUGCUACAUCACAGUUUGUUUUCUGCUCUGUCUGCAGGGAGAUGAAGAAAGGGAAUAUAGGUUUGGCACUGGGGAUGGCAGGAAGGAAAUUGAGGACGUCAUUAGGGGGUUCUGUGGACCUCGGCCUGACUGGAAACGAUGGAGUAGUGCAUCCCAGUUUGACUGUAAGAGUUAUGAAAGGAUACAUUUCCUGCUAACACUAAAUCCAUUUGUUAAAAGCUGAAGAGGCUUAGGGGGUUUGUUUCUGUUUACAGGACAGUGCAAAGAAGUUGGAGCAGAACGUCAGCCUCUUUGGAUCUUCGGUGGAGAGCCUGCUGUACAGAUAUGGAAAGGUAAGAUUUGAUUGAUGUUACAUAAUGAGGAAGUGUUGUGACAUUUCUCUGCUCUUUAGUUUCUGUUUGUAUCAGAUGGGGUGAUACACAAACUAUAAUGUAGAUCUGUUCAUAUCUUCAGUGUCUCUGAGUAAGUGUUUGUUAUAUAGCGCCUCCGAAGUGCUCUCUUUUUCUUCCUGGACUGUGCUUUUGUAAUCAUAGCUUUCCGAAGGAUGCUGUAAAUCCUCUGGAAAAAAGAUCAGCUUUCCAAAUCCUCACUUCCUGUAUCAUUUACAUCCACUGAAUCAUUGCAUGAGAUUUAUCCUCAGAGGGCCUUCACUGAACUGCGAAAUCUCAGAAUCUAUGUUGAAGCUACUCCAUCCAAAAAGUCCCCUAUUAUGAAAAUUGGAGAUGAUAAAGCCAGGAAAACUGCCGUGGGUUGAACUGAAUAGCCUGUUGUGUCAUAGCUACAGUCACCAGGCUUAGACUGAAUAGCUUCUAGCUUUUUCUUGGUUCUACUACCACAAAUCGUGUUGUUAUCUGAACUCUUUAGAGUAAGCUGUUGUUGUAAAAUAAUCCACAUGUUCAAGUAUGAUUCUGGCCCUUAGUUGAGCUGAAUCAGAUCCAGGCUUAUGGUGAACAUAAGUAUCCUGUCAAAAUACCACACGGAACCAGAGCGCUUGUGAAAAAUAUCAGACUGUGACCCUGCUGAAGUGUUGUUUAGGACCACGAGGCUAUGAUCGCGUAACAGGAUGGUCACCAACCAUUGAGUCAUAGUUUUGGCUAGGAAAGGGCAUGAUUAAUCAAUGAUCGAUUAAUUGAUCAUUAAGAAUUAUGUUGACCACGCAAAAUUUUGAUCGAUCAAACAUUAUUAAAAAGGUCUGAGAGUGUGCAUCCAGCGUGUGUGUGUGUGUGUGUGUGCUGAUCAAUGCUGACUAUCACCAUGAGGAAUGGUUUUGACAUUUUACAAGGGGAGUGAUACGGCUGCAGCAAGCUUCCGUAGAAGUUGGAAAAAAAACAUGAGGAAAGCAAAACAAAGUGCGGUUUGGGACCAUUUCGAGCGGAAAAAUGAUCAGUCUCAACUUACCAUCAGCUCCUUGCUAGCAAGGAGGACCUGUGUAGGCUGACUAGACAUCCCGAUUUCGGGGGACAGUCCCCAAUUAGAGUUGUCUGCCAGGAAUGUCCCCAAUUUUAGUGUUUCAUGAAUGAGAAAAAAAAAAUGUUGCGCGAAGUCCUAAACAACAGUUAUGGGGGGGUUAAAUGAGGAAAAACACGUUUUUUGUGUAUUUUCUGAGAUUCACAUAAAAGAAAUCAAUCAAAAUCGAUGAUUGAUCAUUAACUUGUAUCAUUAAUCGAUCAAGGGACUUUCUUAAAAUGCCCCGUCCUAGUUUUGGCGCUGUGGGCAGGCGCUGUACCUCACUAGAAAGGGGAACUGACAUAAAGCUUCUCAGCAGGUGAAAGCAUGAAGGGCUCUCAGAACUCCUGGUAGACUUGAGGCUGUGUUGACUCUGGACUUGAUAAAACACAGCAGCAAAAGCAGAUGAUACGGUGCCCCAAACCAUCACACACUGUGGGAAUAUCAAACAGGUUGGAUUCUGGUCCUCUCCUCCUACUGUCGACUACAACCUUCUGAUAGAUUCAAAUAUGGUAAUUGACCUCUGACUCUGUGAACUGCAAGUGGGUUUAAUUCAUCGGACUGCUUGUAUUUCUCGGUUUUCUGUCCUGCUCUGCCCCUCACAAUGUUCUCAUUAACAGAGGACGAAAAACAAGACUAUAAAAAAGGAUGUCUUUUUAAUUGUUACCCUGUCAGUUUCAUCUGUAAUAUUGUUAUUUGCUAAAUGUGUCCCAAGCUUCGGGAUUCCGGCACAUCCACUUCAUUGUUGUUUAUGUUGAAACAGACCUAAAAGAGACACCAUUAGGUAUCACAUAUUAGGCCAGACUUAAUCAUGGAGUCUCUGCUAAAGCCACCAAACACAGGAAGUCAUUCAUCACAACUUCAGAGCAACAUCUAAAAGUUUUCCGGAGUAGUGAAUGAAUCAGUCCUUCUGGUACCAACCACCAUCAUGCAAUUAUUUCAUGGCAUAACAGAGACCCACUUAAGCAGAAUGAUCCUUUGCCAGUCUGGGCCGGUGAGUUAAGUUUCUGUGCUUUUAUUUCCUGUUGUCAGACCAUAGUGGACGAACAGCUCAUCCUGAAGAGGGUAGCAGAUGUGCUGAUCAACCUCUACGCCAUGACAGCUGUCCUAUCCAGAGCCAGUCGCUCCAUCUGCAUCGGCCUCAGGAAUCACGACCAUGAGGUGAGAAGCGCCCCCAGAGCCCCUAAUUGUGAAUAAUGAUCUCAUAUCCUGUAAAGAACUUUUUUGGCACAGUUCUAGUAAGGUAGUAUAGGAAACAUAACAUUGAGCUGGCCAGACAUAGUGUGGAUCAAAAAUAGACAUCAUAAACCUACCAUUGGUGGUCCAAAGCAGCGAAUUUAACCAUCUUCUCUGUUCUAUUUUGGGUCUUUUUGCUUUUUCCAGUAGGGCUGUAAAGUCCUAGUCGACUGGUUGCCUCAUUGGUCGAUAUGUGCUGAGUCGACCAAAAUUCUGAUUGGUCAACUCGAUUUUUUUCUGCGUCAAUUUAUAGUCUAUGGUUAAUUUCAUCAGGAGGAACAUACCAAGUGCUAAUGGGGGUGUUUUCAGAGCGCCCCCGUUUCACAGGUAACAGCCCGUCUCAGAACACCCUCCUUUGUUUUACCAUUUUGGAUUCGCCCAACCCACCGGAGACCAGCUGGAGACAAGAAGAUUGGAGAGUGUCCAUGUUAAUCAAUGUCCGGUGCUUUGCUGAAUAUUUUUCCUGAAUUGCAUUUUGUGUUUAAUUGCCUUCUUUUGCUGAUGUCAGUAUAUUUUCACCCUACUGCCGCGUCGUGCUGCGUCGUCCCCAGCGACCCCCCCCACCUGAUUAGUUGAAAAUUUCAGGGUUUUAGUCGACCAAGAAUUUCCUCGGUUGAUAACUUCUCUUUCCCAUAGAAGUCCAGAGUUUGCCGCUUUGACUAAGGGAGCUUGCAGCACAAAGUUCAUCCAGUACUUGUUCUCUUUUACUCUGUCCCAACUUUACUAGAAUUGGUGUUUGUAGUUUCUGCUCAGUUAUGUCUCCCUCUAAAUGAAGAGGACUUUCUAUAUACCGCAUUUCAAAGUGACUUCAUCCCAUUUAAAGUUGGAACAGUUGUGCUAUUUUGAUCGAGCUGGCUACGGUUGUUUGAGAGGAAAAUUGAUCACUGGACAGCAUGAUACAAGAACAGUGGGUGGCGAUAUUUGGCAUAAUAUCCUCCCACCAUUUGCUGAUUUGUGUUCCUGGGUUCUUGGAUAAUUAAAAAUGUAUUAUUUUAUUUCACAUGUGAAGGACGCAUGCAUCACUGUCACAUUUUACCGAUGAAGUCGAGAACCACAUGAUUGAAGUUGUUGCCUUCAGUUGCAGUGAAAUUACAGGGAAAGCACGCCUGGUCUUUGAAAAGAUCAGUGAAGUUUUCAGGCCUAAUUAAACACACAUUCUUGUGUAUUUAGGUUAGGCUGGUUUCACUUACGAAAGCAAGUGUUGGUCUACUGAAAGCACUUAAAAGCAGCUUUAAAAUGUCACGCAUGUCCAUGAAGAAAAAGAAAAACAGUGUGUAUGAGAGCAGACGGAGGUUGUUGAGGAGGACACAGGAUGGCCGAGUGUAAACACUGACUGUAGAAAGUCCACGAGUGUAAUCAGAAACAGUGAUGUGGAGCAAAGCAGAGCACAAUAAUCCUCAACAGAGAGACAUUAAAGAGGGAAGCAAAUGCUUUGUAUUACACUCUUCUGUGUUUCAGAUGGGCAGCCUUUUCCAGCUUCAGGCAUAACUGACCACAAACAGUCACUUUUUCCACCUUUUAUAGUUUUAUGUAAAACACACACACAGGCUGCAGGGAUCCUGUCCAACUGAAAACCCUUUAUACAUCUGUGCCUUUCCUUAACAGUCCCGCCUGAAGGUCAGACAGUAACAUAAGAUUCACUCAAAGAUGUGAGAACAUUUAAAAGCAGAUUUUAGCUGUGGUUACAUUUCACUGUGAUUACAAAGGUCCGUUCCUUUUGAUUCAUUUCCAUAACAACAAAUCAGACAGUUUUAUUAUAAUCAGCAUGCUCUCUUUUGAUUGGUGUCGAAUGUGUCUGGUUGUUGUGUUGCGCUUUGUCAGCAGAUAAAAGUGAACCAACCCACGCUUACCAUUGUCUUACAAUUGUUGACAUCUUGUGUUUUAAUCCGCCUCCUGCAUCGUAUUAACUCAUAACCCCUUUUCCUGUUUGGAUUCACGCCUGCUCUUUCUGAUGUUGAAUGUGUUUUUUUUCUAGGUGCUACUCGCAAACACAUUCUGCAGCGAAGCUUUCUUCAAGAAUAACUACUGGUUGACUCAGCUGCAAAAGCGUAAGUACAUGCAAAAGAGUAAUUGGGAACAGUCACUUUUUUUAUACAGCAUCUUAAGUACAAAAGACUUGCAUGUGUUGCAGAAUUUCCCCACCAAACCUUACAUACCAACACCCAAACCCCCCGCUGCUUUUCAUUUUCACACCGUGCACGUGUUUUUAAUGACCCACAUGUAAUCCAGGGUUUUCCGGUGACAUGAUCCAGACUUAUGGGAAUGUUGUUUUGGUUUUUAUAAAAGGCAGCGGCUUGUUUUGUAAUUCUCAUCUCAAUUUGUUCCAGAUUCCCCGGAGAACAAUGAUGCCAACAUCAAAAAGAUUGCCAGGGAGGUCUUGGAGAACCGAGCUUAUGUCUGCUCUCACCCUCUGGAAAGAACAUUCUGAGCUCAACCAUGCCACCAUACUUGAUCUGUCUACUCCACUGAGAUUGGACAAUAUGGACGAGUCAAACUUCGAGUCCCAAUAAUCCGUCUGAGCUCAACAAUCUGGACUGGGCUUUGUUAACACGAUUUGUAAGCUUGAUUGGUAAAUUAAGAGACUCCUGCUUCAGUUACUGUAUUUUAACAACUGUGGCGUAUAGAUAACACCAGAGACCUAAUGACUUUGUUUGAAGUUUGAUCAAAAGUGCAUAUUAAGCUAAGUACUACCAGGAACUGCUGCACAGGAUGUUAGUUUUAUUCUUCAGCUCCUAUUUCAUUUACAGUUUUUGUAGGUUGGGCAUCAGCUCUGCAGGUACGUGCCUUCAUGUCAGGUGUGUCCUUUUGAAAGAUGAAGAUACCCUUAUCAUCAUCUGUCAGAAGACGGGCAGUCCGCUUGUACAAGAAUGAAGGCUGCUUACUGAAUCCCCUAUAAGAAGUAGGACAUAAUAUAAUAUGAACACAGAAGAUUUUGAUUAUGACCUUUUCUGUCUGCCUAGUGUUAUUUUUUCUCUUUUUGAAUAAAACUCUAACUUUAACUGACA